AAUACGUUAAUAGCGGGUAUUACGAAAAUUAGCUUCGGCUUAGGUAAGGAAAUCGUUACCCUAAGUACGAUAAAAAUAGAGACGUACUUCGGAAUAAUAACUUUUUAUAUCCUACUUAUUAAUACCCUAUUUCUCUUAUAUUUAAAAAAUAUAAAUCGACUAGGUAUUAUAUUUAAUAAUACGAGGAAUAGAAUCUCUAGCUAUAAGUACUUCGAAAUAGUCGAACAACGAUAG